AUGAAUUUGAUCAAUGUGGUACAUGAAUUUAAAGUUUCUUCUAACCGUCUGCGCCCUCUCUUUCUCUCAUCUACUUUACAGAGUUGAAAAGGAGACGCGGUGGAGGGAUGAGAGAGUGCAGACAUUUAGAGAGACGUUUUUUUUCUUUAAAUCUUGCCUCAGUUUUGAAUGGAAAAGUGAAAAAUUGAAGAAUUGAUUCAUUUUUUUUUCUUUUCAGGUCGACGAAAUCCUUAUUUGCGGCGGCAUGACCUACACUUUCAUGAAGAUCCUACGAAAAGUGGAAAUUGGAGCGUCGGUUUUCGAUGAGGAGGUGUGGAUUUUUCAAGUGGUCACUUGAGGGCGAUAGAAGAAAAAAGAUUUAAAAUGACUUCACCGCUUUUCAAAUUUCACAGAAGCGAAAGUGCCAGAUUUUUUUCAGUAAAGUUGAAGAGGUUUCAAUUUUUAUCAAAUUCUUGAGAGCCUGAAAGUAAAGAGAGAUUUUUAACUAGAGUGAUCACUUGGAAUUGUUCACUAAAGGGGCCUCUUCGAGUUAUAUACUCUUAAGUGGUCUCUUGAAACUUAGUAAAGUUUUAAAUCAGAGAAGAACAAAUUUUGUAAUGCUUCUAAAAGUUUGAAAAUUUUAAAGGGCCACUACAUUACUUUGGGUCGCAUUUGGAAUGGCUCAAAGCGUUGCUGAAAAGAGUAAAUAACCGCAACGCGUCGAGCCAUUCCAAGUGCGACCAAUUUCAUAGAGCUUCGUAUAGUGAUCAUAAAUGUCGAAACCUAGAUUCAACGAACAAUAUAUUAGAAACAUAAAUUUUUUUAAGUGUGUGGGUUGAAACAGAAAAACAUUGUUUUUUUGGUAAUUAUUUUUAAAGAUCGUGUCAAGACCUUUAUCGAGAUUUUUUUCUCAAAAAUUGGCAAAUGAACUGUCUUGAAGUUUUUAACAUAUCUUAUUAAUGAAAAGUUUUUCAGGGCUCAAAAAAAGGUGCACAAAAUAAUGAAUUAUGCGAGGUAUAAGGGGAAGAAAAUCCAUUUUCCGGUGGAUUAUGUGAUCGGCGAAAAGUUUGAGGAAAACACGCCGGCAACCGAAAUCAUUGCAUCUUACGGCGUUCCUCCAGGUGAACAUUUUUUUUUGGUUUUUUUUAGAAAUUGGAAGGAAAACUGGAGUUUUUAAUCGUUUUUUUCAGGGGGAAUGGGCUAGAAAAAUGUUGUUGUCUUUUAGAAAAAAUUUUUGAAAAAGUUUCUAGGGAAUAUGAGUUCUAAUAAGCUUUAAAAUCGAUUUUUUACAGUUAAAAGCUGAAAAUGUUGCUUUUUGAAACAUUGUCAGCUUACUUGGGAACGCCAGAGGGGUCACUAUAGGGGUUAAAGAGAGAAUAACCCCUUAAGGGUCUACGAAUUAUAACCCCUAGAGGGAUUACUUUUGCACGCUUUCGUGGCUUUUUUGAGAUAUUUAUUAAUUCCAGAUGCGUCCCUAUAGGGGCUAGUGGUCGAUAAAGUGAUCCCUAAACGGGUGAAGGGGUCCUCAUAGGGUCUGACCCCUAAAGCUCGAGUAGACCCUAUAGGGGUCCUUCAACUUCAUUCAAAAACGCUCAUUUAUCCAGUUUUUCCCAUGGAAAUGCUUCUUCGCUUAAGUUCAUCGAACAGAAUGUCCCUAUAGGGACCACUUUCGCAAGCGUUAGUGGCCCCUAUUGGGGUUGAUCAAGUGGUCCCUAGAAGGAACCCUUCAAGGGCCUCCUAAGGUAGACCCUUAGGGACCGCUAUGGAGUUCCUAAGUAGAAAUGUUGGAAAUUUGACUUCUCCUGAGCUCAGUCAGUCAGAUUUGAAGGAAAAUUCCAAAAAAUGCUCUUAUUUUUGCUUGAAUCAAUGAAAAAUGAGCUGAGAAACCAAGUUUGACCCUGAAUAAAAAUGAAUUCCUAGGCAAAAUGGGCCUCGAUAUCGGCCCAGACACGCGACAAGUCUUUUCCUACAUCAUCUCUGAGGCGAAAACGAUCCUUUGGAACGGACCUGCCGGCGUUUUUGAGUUGAAAUAUCGAUUUAUUGAUUGAAAUUGACCGGGUUAUUGAUCAGAUGGGAGCAGUUUUCGAAUGGAACCAGAGCUUUGAUGGACGCCGUCGUGGCGGCGACUGCGGAGGGUGCCAUAAGUAUCAUUGGUGGGUUGUGUUCCUAAGGGGUUUGGUCGCAUUUGGAAUGGAUCAGAUUGCCGGGAAAUACAGAUGCGAGUCUAGUUAACAAAUGGAGUCCUAAAAAAAAUAGUCUCAGGAUUUUCUGUAAGAAUGUACUUUAUAAGGACCCGGAAUCCGUAUGGAAAAAGGUUUCUUUUCUUUUUUUUUGCCUAAUCCCAUCACUAUCAUUGGUAGGUUUAUCGAAUCUGUUCCCAAAGGAUCUGGUCGCAUUUGGAAUGGCUCAGAUAGUCCAGAAGUAUAGAAGCUUGCUUUAAUAGUAUCCAAUGCGAUUCUAGUUAACAAAUAGAGUCCUAAAAAAAGCCAGAUUAAAAAAAAGCUUUUUUCGGUGUAUCUAGGUCUUUCCUGAACUAUUUGGUCGCAUUUGGAAUGGAUCAGAUUGCCGGGAAAUAGUAAAAGUUUCCAAUGCUGGUCUGGUCAACAAAUAAAGUCCUAAAAAAACAGUCUUAAAGAAUUUUUUGAUUUUUGUGUGAAUGUACUUUAGAAGGACCUGAAUCCGAAUGGAAAACGCUUUUUUUCAGUUUAUUUAGUCUUUUCUGAAUCGCAUUUGGAAUGGCUCAGAAAUAGUUUCGGUUACUCCCAUUGCAUGGAUUUAAUCUGGAAAUUCGGAAAAAUUUCACGGAUUCAAAAUAGUUUUCUGAUUGAAAGUAAGACUUCAACUAGUGAAGCUUCUUAAAAAACUUCACUUAAGGUGUCACUAUUUUAAAUAAAUGACCAAAAGUUUCCUUUCUUCGAUAUAUUCGAAACACCCUUUUUCGCGGUUUUUGACCAUUUUUGAGAUUUUUUUGAUCUUCAUUUUGAGGCGGUGGCGAUACGGCGACGGCUGCUGCCAAAUUCGGAGCCGUCGGCCGAGUUUCCCACAUUUCCACUGGCGGUGGAGCGAGUUUGGAGCUUUUGGAAGGUGAAUUUUCCGAGCUUAAUCCUCUUGCAUCUGAAAAUUUUCCAGGAAAAGUACUUCCCGGCGUCGAAGCUCUAUCCCCGGCACCGACUCAAUAA